AUGAUUCGUUCGACGCUUUUGGUGGUGUUGGUGCUGACGGCUGCGGUGGUUGCAAAAAAGUCGCCCGACGGUGAGAAGCCGUCUUGGGCCAAAAAAGAUAUUAGCUCUUAUUCCGAGGCCGACAUGGAGCGAUUGCUUGACCAGUGGGAGGAAGACGAAGAACCUUUGGAACCUGACGAGCUACCUGAACACUUGAGACCUCCUGUCAACAUUGAUCCAACUUUGUUAGGAAGUGAUCCAGAUGCCUUGUUAAAACUAUCCAAAAAGGGCAAAACUUUAAUGACUUUUGUGAAAGUAUCACCUAAAUAUAAUAAAGAUGAUGUCGAUAAAAUAACCAAACUCUGGCAAUCAAGUCUUUGGAAUAACCACAUUCAAGCAGAAAGAUUUAUGGUUGAUGAUAAUCGAGCUAUAUUCAUGUAUAAAGAUGGCUCACAAGCUUGGGAUGCAAAGGAUUUCCUGAUACAACAAGAAGACUGUGUUGAUGUAACAAUUGAAAAUCAAGUAUACAAAGGUCCAGCUUCUCCAUUUGUUGAAGGAAACGUUGAAAAAGUUGAAUUAUAG